AUGGUCUCCCAACGAGAUCGCGAUAUUCUGCGCGGGGACUUGCGUGCCCGCUCCAAAUUGUCCACCGCAGACCGAGAGUCUCUGCUGAAGAGCUACCUCCCCGAAGAUCUCUCGCGACCCGAACGCCGCAGACUUCACAAAACCCCCAUCCGCUCGUUUUUCCGAUCCCAACUCCACCACUUCGCCUACGCCUUGACGCAUAUUAUUUUUGGAAUCAUCGUUCGACUCCUGCAAGCCUACCAUGCAGUGGUGGAUCGAGUCUUCGCAAUCGUCUAUCACCACCACCGCACGCCGGAACUCAUUCGCAAGGAUGUCAGAGGAUUGAAGCGUCUGCCACAGCAUCUGAGCACAAUCUUGACUCUGCGCAAGGAAGACGAUGCCUUGGCAGUGCUGAUGGAUGAGGUGGCUGAGCUGGCAGCGUGGAGCUCGUGUGCGGGUAUCCCGCAGUUGAGCAUCUACGAGAAAACAGGUGUUUUGAAGUCAUGCAUUCCCGCCCUCCACCAGAUCAUCACAACCAAGCUGGCAAGUUACUACGGUUCACCAGACCAACAGCCAAACUUGCACCUCUACGCCCCCCACCACCCCGUCGAAGGCUCAACCACAAACCCUGGCAAGAGCACCUUGACUGUCCUCCUCCUCUCAUCGACUGAUGGCCGGGAAACCAUCGUCGAUUUGACCAAAACCCUGGCAGAAAUGAGCCAGAACGGCAAGCUCUCCCCAGAAGAUAUCACACCAGAGCUGGUCGACGCUGAAAUCAGCGACAUCACCACCCAGCCCCUCACCGCAGGCACUGACACCAUCCUCAAGCCGGAGCCAGACCUGCUGCUGGUGUUCAGCCCCUACCUCAAGCUGGAUGGGUACCCGCCAUGGCAAAUCCGACUCACGGAAAUGUAUUGCACGGGGAGUCGAUCCCACGGCGUGAACGGGGACGGGGAAGCCGUAGAGUACCAGGGGUACAUGCGUGGGCUGUGGCAUUUCGCGGGUGCGCAGAUGCGAUUCGGAAGGUAG